UACCCUGGAUAAAUAUUGGGAAAUAUAUAGUAUGGUAACACAAAUAAUGAAACAUGAAUAGACAGAUAUCUAUUCUUGAAACACAACACUGAAGAAGAUAACGAAUGGCUAACAGUAAAAGUAACAGCGCACCUCUCACCCUCCUCUGUCUCCUCAUCCUCUCCGCCACCGCCUACGGCCGCUUCAUCACCAACAAUUCAUCAUCCGAUCUGGUUUCCGAUGGAGUCCACGACGGUUUCCACGCUCCGCCGCUCCUCCUCCGCCUUAAUCCGCUCCGUUCAUCUGACUCGUGCGACCAGACCUACGGCUUCUUGCCCUGCACCACCACCGUACUCGGAAACGUCUUCCUCAUUCUCGUCUAUGGCUACCUAAUGUUCCUCGCCGCCACCUACCUCUCCAGCGGCAGCGAACUCUUGCUGAAGAUUCUAGGUCCCGGUAUCAUCGGCGGCCUCUUCCUUCCCAUUCUCGGCGCUCUUCCCGAUGCCAUGCUUAUUCUCGUAUCUGGACUCUCUGGAACUACAGAAACAGCUCAAAGUCAGGUCUCAGUUGGAAUGGGCUUGCUAGCUGGGUCUACAGUCAUGCUUCUAACUGUAAUAUGGGGAACUUGUGUUAUUGUCGGCAAGUGUGACCUGCACGAUUCAAUUGCAAUAGAUGGAAAAGAUACAAAGAAAUUUAGCUUAACUAGUUCUGCUGUCACUACUGACAUCUGGACUAGCUAUGCUGCAAUGAUCAUGGCUAUAUCUGUAAUACCAUUUCUUGUUGUCCAGAUACCACAAUUUAUGAAUUCAACUUCAGGAAGACACUUGGCAGUCUUGAUUGCACUUAUUGUCUCUGUCUGUAUGCUGAUUUCAUAUUGUCUUUAUCAGGUUUUUCAGCCAUGGAUCCAGAGGAGAAGACUUGCUUAUGUGAAGGAUAAGCAUGUAAUAUUGGGGUUUCUGAAAUAUCUAAAGAUGCGUGCACUGGGAAGGUUCAUCAAGGACAAUGGCGAUCUUAAUACUGAAAUUGUAGAAAAGCUAUUUCACACAAUUGAUGGGGAUAAGGAUGGAUUUAUUUCAGAACCUGAAUUAAAAGCUUUGAUCGUAGGGAUGCAGAUUGAUGAGAUUAACUUUGAUCAGAUUAACUUGACUGAGGAUGAUGCUGUGAAGAAAGUGAUGAAUGCUUUUGAUACUUCUAAUGAUUAUAAAAUUGAUUUGCUCGAGUUCAACAAUGGAAUCUCAAAAUGGCUUGACGAGGCGAAGCAGGCUGGAGCUCCUUCUCGUGAGGCUAGUCCUGGCACGAUGAAAUAUCUUGAUGACUUCCACAAGCAAACAAAGAGAGAACACUAUCUUUUGGGGGAUCAAAGUGGGGAUCAAAGUGUGGAUCAAAGUGACGAAGUCGUGGAGGGUGUUGAAAAUCCCAAGUGGACCUCUCUUAAAGCAGUGUUAAUGUUGGUGGUGGGGACUGUCAUCGCAGCUGCAUUUGCUGAUCCUUUGGUAGAUGCUGUUGAUAAUUUCUCCGAUGCCACAAGCAUUCCAUCUUUCUUCAUCUCAUUUAUUGCGCUGCCUUUGGCUACUAACUCUAGUGAGGCAGUAUCGGCUAUUAUCUUUGCUAGCCGGAAAAGGAUGAGAUCAGCCUCAUUAACAUUUUCCGAGUUAUAUGGGGCAGUAACCAUGAACAACGUCCUUUGCUUGUCAGUUUUCUUAGCUCUGGUUUAUGUCCGAGGAUUGACAUGGGACUUCUCAGCGGAAGUUCUGGUUAUUCUAGUUGUUUGCCUCGUGAUGGGUGCAUUUGCUAGCUUCCGAACCACCUUCCCUCUUUGGACAGCUUUAGUGGCCUUCUUCCUCUAUCCGUUCUCCCUGGCACUCGUGUAUGUUCUUGACUAUGUUCUUGGCUGGUCAUAGAGGGAUUCGUAGAGGUUGGUACUUUCUGGUGAUUGACUAAUCAAUCGCGGUUUCUUACCCUUUCUUUUUUUUUUUUUGUUAGUUUGUAAAUCUGAGAACUAUGGCAUGGCUAUUUUUCGGGAUAUAUAGAAAGCCAUGAUGAUGUUGCAUUCCAUCUUGUGUAUCAUUUGCGUGCAAGCUUGAUAUUGUAGUCUGUAUGUUACUUGUGUCUCUGUUGAAUUUUAAUUGGAUAUUUUGAUUAUGAAUUGAGUUAUGUUAACAGCUUAUGAACCAA